GGGUGUGAAAGCAGUGCCCUGAAGGGCCAGAAUCCACUGCAUAUUACAAUUCUCUUUGUUUUUAUCCACAUCCAGAGAGCUUUCUGCCAAUUUUGCACUUACAGACUGGUUUUAGAAAAGACCACAUGUGAACAUAUGCUGCACAAUUUUAUUGUUGAAUCUUGAGAAAAAAAGGCGUAUGCAAGUCCUUAUCACUGUGUUUCAGUAUUUAAAGGGUGGUUGCAAAGAAGAUGGAGGAUCCCUUUUUACAAGGAGUCUAUGGAAAAAAUGAGCAGCAAUGGGUACAAUUUACUCCUUGGGAAAUUCUGAUUGUGCACAAGGGGAUAACUUUUCACAGCAAGAACAAUCUGCUAUUGGAAUAGUCUCCCCAGGGGAUCAGUGUGUUUGCCAGCAUUGGGGGACACUUAAGAUUUGGCUGCAGAGGGUGCUGAGCUUCUUUUAGACCAUGCUUUUGCCUUGAAAGGUUGGUUGGACCAGAUGAUCCUCGAGGUCCUUCCAACUUGGUAUUCCACGAUUGUUAAAACCUGUCUCACACAUCCACAAGCUGCAUAAAUCUUGUGGAGGCUCCCGGUGCCAGCCAGCUCUGUGGGUUAACAAUGGGAGAGAUAUUUAUCACCGAGGUAUCUUGCAAAACAUUUUGGACCCUUUGCAAUCCCAUGCAGCCUAAGUGAGCGGAACUCCUUGUGUUAUUUUAUUUCUCAUGCAUCUUCCUUUCUGUUAAAAGAUGGAAAACUGAAGUAUCUUGUCCCCAGAGGAAGAAAUAUGCCUCUCAGUGACCAACUGACCAGAGAGUCCCUUCCACAUGCUGUGCUGAACUUCAUCCCCAGCAAUGCUUGUGACAUGGAGGUGUCGUGGGGAUUAUUGCUGGGGAAACCGCAUCUCCCACAGAUGCAUUAAAAAUUCCCCUGUGGCCCCAGGGAAGCAGGAGUAAAUCCCAUUUUUGUCUCAGAUAAAGGUGGCUAGAGAUCAGUUCUGCCUUACUGCUGUGAGGUGAGCUCUGCACACCUCUGAGCAGCGUCUUAGGAGCAAAACCCAACCAAUAAAGAGGGGAGAUAAACACUGGCUUUGCUGGGACUCUGCUGGCUGUCAUCAGCCGCUCUUGCACAAGCUAGUCUGGGAGUUGUCACAGCAGCACAUUUUUGCCUCUGGCAUGUAAAGUGCAAGGGGUGCUGUCUUGUUAAACAGUUUUCUGUUCUUUUAGGGGAUUUUUGUACCUCCUCAGCCACAGAGGACUGACUUUGCUUCACUUAAAAAAGUUCAAAUGUCGUAAAUACUUUGAUGUAAAGAAUUUUAUGGAUUUUUGCCUCAGGAAUGGCAUUUUGACUCGUAUUUCAGUGAGACAUUAAAAAAGCAUGCUUGUGUGCAUUUUUUAAAAUUGCUGUUGUUAUCAUUUACACAAAAGGUAGUAAAAGCUGAUGAAAGAGUGAUUUGUUUUCUACUUUUUAACGUAAGACUGACAGAAAAAUCGCUGUCUUGUUGCUCAAGAGGCUUUCAAUCCCCACCCUUGAGCUGUGAUUCAGCAAAUUCUCAGCGUAACCCUGAUCUGAAACCCGGGUUCCUCCUUGUCCUGUCCAGGCGGGGGUGGAUUUCUCCUAGACAAGCCAAUGAACAGAAGCUCAUUUAUUUAUUUAUGUGGUGAGGAGGAAACUUGCUCCACAGUCUCUCCACCUCUUCCUGCAAAAUGUUAGCUCUCUUUCGCACCAAUCGCUUCGGGUCCUGAAUGAAAACAAGUGAGCAGCAGCGGAGCUGGGGUGUAGAAACUGCUGUGUUGAACAUCACUCCCUGACUCUGCUCCACACCUCAUCAAUAAUCGCUCUCACCUCACUUGAGCUACAGAGAGAAGCAAAAGCCGGCUGCCCACUUUUCUUCAGCAAACCUAAGGCGCUCUUUCGGAGAGGCAGGACUGAGCACUCUGUUCAUUUCUGACAUCAUCGAGGAAAUACGCUUGCUUGCUAUUUUUUUUUUUUGGCUGCUUUUCCCCUCCCUCCCCCCCCAGCUGCGGCAGUAUCUUGAUGGGGAAGCUGAUCUCCAAAGGCUGGCGGAAAAGAGAUGCUCGAGUUAUCAUGCUGGGGCUCGACUUUGCUGGCAAAUCCACCCUUCUGUACAAACUGAAGAGCGGCCAGGCUGUGGAGACCUGCCCCACGGUGGGAUUCAACGUGGAAUCUCUGCAAACACCCUGUGGCAUAUCUUUCACCCUCUGGGAUGUUGGCGGACAAGACAGCCUGCGGGCCAGCUGGCCCAACUACCUGGAGGACAUCAACACCCUCAUCUUCGUGUUUGACAGCACGGACAUGUCCCAGCUGGCCAAAGCAAUGGCAGCACUGGAGGAGGCCCUGAGCCACCCCGGCAUGGCUGGCAUCCCUGUGCUGCUCCUGGCCAACAAGCAGGACGUGCCAGGAGCGCUGGCUCCUGCCAAGCUGGGGGAGAUGCUGCGGCUGGGGGGGCUGGCAAAGCACCGCUGGAUGCUCCGGGGCUGCAGUGCCCACAGUGGCCAGGGCCUGCAAGAAGUCCUGGCCAUCCUGGGAAUGCUCCUGCGGGGCUCAAAGCAGAGCUCCUUAUCCCAGGAGCAGCCCAUCAUGGGGGUGGCAGAGAGGAGGUGAGCUCCAGAGCAAACCUGAACCUCAGUGGACCCUUCCCACUCACGGCUGCCAGCAGGUUUGUCACGGAGGAUUCCAGCCUCCAGGCACCCCCUACAAGGAGUAGAGCUGGAGCUGGCACACACUGUGAAAUACCCAGCUCCUCGCUGCCAAAAUCCACCAGGAGGAUCUCUGAGCAACACUCCCGUUGUGGAGCAGUUUUGGCUGUAUCUCUUGGACUCUCAUCUCUGGCUGCAGCUUGUCCCACUGUCACCGUGUUCCACUCAUCCACUGCUCGUGUGGGUCCAGAGGUUCAGCAAGGAUGUUUUUUAACACUUAUGGAUUAUAACAGAGAUGUGUGCAAGGGACAGAAGUUUUCUUCGUGCUUCAGCUGCCAGCCCAGAUGCACCUAUUCAGAUGGGAUGAUCCCCACAUGGGGGGAGCUUGGAUGUGCCCCUUGCUGCUUCUGUCUCAGCAUGAAUCACAUGUUCAUUGGCUGGGAAUGCAGGACGGCACUGAAAGGAAUGGCUGAUCAGGAGCAGUGUAAGCUCGGGAGUUCAAAUGGACAAGCAACUAAUUGGUUUUAGUGUGGCAUGUACAGGUAUAAUAAUCUAUAGGCUGUGGAAGCAAGCUGGGAUUUGAUGGUGUAGUGCAGUUCAAGGAUGUAUGUAUAUUAAUUUAUGCUUUUCUUGUAAUGGUUCUUUCUUUCUCCAUUCAUCAUUUUUAUCAAACAAUUAUUUCAUGAAAAUGGUCCUUCAUUUUCCUUGGAUUAUGUUUAAAUAUAAAGAAAUAAGAUCUGACUUCAAGCUGCUUGGAAAUACGUCUCUAUAGCCAGUCAACCUCUGAAUAUCCUCAUGGUGGUCUGCACAGCCAAGACAAAACCCUGUCUCUCAGACUUUUGAAAUUGCAUGAGACGACUCAUUCAUUGGUUGUUAACCAUGUGCACUUUUGGGCACAGGCAGGCUGGUGACCAAAGAUGUCUCCACUUUCAGCUGUGUCCAGGGCAAAUGAAAACCUGGCAGCUCUCGGCAGGACCAGGUCACAUGUGGCGGUGAUGGUCUUUGUCCAAUCCUGCUCAACCUGCCUUUGUAAAGACCUAUAAAAUGUGUGCCAAAAUUCUGUUAGCCAGAGCUAAAAUUAAAAUAUUUCAUAGUCCCUGCUUCAUUACUAAAUGAAUGUGGGAGGGAUAGGAUUCAA